AUGCCCGUGAGGAUCCGUGAGCAUCCCGACCCCUGCACCGCCCUGCCACGGGUUACCCAGCACAGCAACAGAGGGACCGAAAACGAAGGCAAGCACGUUCUAGUGACUACGGAGUUUGCUGUCGCAGGCAGCAGCAGGACUGCGGUGCAGCCACGGCACAGCGUUGAGCACACCAUCACGGUACCUGUUAAACCAACGAUUCUCCCUCCCACGCUUGGUGGCUGCCAUAGGGGUGAAGAGCCGCGAAGAUGCAGGCUUCCUGCGUGCGCACCGGGCUCGAGCCGGCAGCAAAGACGGCCGUCAGCCCGCCGGACUAAGGGAAGGGGGCUUGGUUGCCCUGGAGGAGGGAAGGCUCUGGAGGGGCCCAAGAGCAGCCCCCGGCACCUCUGGGGUGGUUAUCCAGAAGACAGAGCCAGGCUCCAGCGUAAACUGGAGCAAGAGAGGUUCAGACUGGGUUCUGAAUUCCUGCCCGAAUUAUCCAGUGAUCUUAUAUUUUCCCUGUACCUCGGCUUCCCACACGCUCUGGGCUCGCCCUGCCCCGCCGUCUGCCAGUGCCCGGCGGCCGCGCCGCAGUGCGCCCCGGGCGUGGGGCUGGUGCCGGACGGCUGCGGCUGCUGCAAGGUCUGCGCCAAGCAGCUGAACGAGGACUGCAGCCGGGCGCAGCCCUGCGACCACACCAAGGGGCUGGAGUGCAACUUCGGCGCCAGCCCCGCCGCGCUGAAGGGCAUCUGCAGAGCCCAGUCCGAGGGGAGACCGUGCGAAUAUAACUCCAAAAUCUACCAGAACGGCGAAAGCUUCCAGCCGAACUGUAAACACCAGUGUACGUGCAUAGAUGGAGCUGUGGGCUGCAUCCCGCUCUGCCCGCAAGAGCUCUCGCUUCCUAACCUGGGCUGCCCCAGCCCCAGGCUGGUCAAAGUCCCUGGGCAGUGCUGCGAAGAGUGGGUCUGCGACGAAAGCAAGGAUGCGCUGGAUGAGCUGGAAGGCUUCUUCAGCAAAGAGUUUGGUCUGGAUGAUUCCGAAGGCGAGCUAACCAGGAACAACGAGCUAAUUGCCAUUGUGAAGGGGGGCCUCAAGAUGCUACCUGUUUUUGGCUCUGAGCCACAAAGCCGAGCUUUUGAGAAUCCCAAAUGCAUUGUGCAGACCACCUCCUGGUCCCAGUGCUCAAAGACGUGUGGAACUGGCAUCUCCACGAGGGUUACCAAUGACAAUCCCGACUGCAAGCUCAUCAAAGAGACCAGGAUAUGUGAAGUGAGGCCAUGUGGCCAGCCUAGCUAUGCCUCCCUAAAGAAGGGAAAAAAAUGUACCAAGACUAAGAAGUCCCCAUCCCCAGUGAAGUUUACCUAUGCCGGAUGUUCCAGCGUGAAGAAGUACCGCCCCAAGUACUGUGGCUCCUGUGUGGAUGGCAGGUGCUGCACGCCCCAGCAGACCAGGACUGUCAAGAUCAGGUUCCGCUGCGAUGAUGGGGAAACCUUCACCAAGAGCGUCAUGAUGAUCCAGUCCUGCCGAUGCAACUACAACUGUCCGCAUGCAAAUGAAGCUUAUCCCUACUACAGACUAGUCAAUGACAUUCACAAGUUUAGGGACUAAGUUGUGUUGGGGGUGGGAUGCUAAACAGAAUUUUGAAGUAACCAGCCAUGGAGGAAGGACCUUUGAUGGAAAUGGUGCCUUGCCCAUUUGAGGGCAACAUUGAGAUGUUCCAAGAGUGCACUGUGCAACUGGACACUAAUGCAACAGAGAUUUAAGCAUACUUAAAGCUUCAUAGUACUGGAGCAACUCUACUGCUUCUUUUUGGAGCACCUUAUCUAAUUAUGUACUGUUUUCUGUUUGUAAGUGAUCAGAUAAAUGUUUUGUUCCGGUUAUGAAAACUUCUUUUCUGUCCUGUUCAAUUUAACACUAUGCUUCUCCCCUCUCCCUCCAUCUUCUCCUACCCUUUCCCAACCAACUUGGAAGUUACAUUCCUUCCUGAGGUGGGCACUUGUUGGGUGUUCACAGUGGCAGCUAUUGUGUACCAACUGUAGUUUAAUGGCAAACAGAAAUCAGUUGUUUUAAAGCUGAGUAUUUUAUUUAUCAAACUGUAGCUUUUUUUGUUUUUUCCUUGAGUUUGUUUUGUUUUGUUUUACCCCUUCCAGCCCCUGUAAUACUGGAAUAAGUUGUAAAUGAUUUUAAUUUUAUAUUCAAUGAAUUGAAAGAAUUUAUUUAUGGAAUUAAUCAUUUAAUAAAGAAAUAUU